AUGUUCCAGAGCAUGAGCGAAGUGGGCGAAACGAUAUGGUCCGCUACCCAGGCCUCACUCUCGGUCAUCCUCGUACUGCUCUAUGGCUACUUGUCGCGGCGGUACAAACUUAUGUCUGAAGAAGGGGAGGGCAAUGUGUCCAAGAUCUCCGUGACGAUCUUCUUACCGUGUCUGCUCUUUUCGGAGAUCGGGCCACUGGCGAGCUGGAGCAAUCUUAAAGACUAUUGGGUCAUUAUCAUCUACGCCCUCUUCUUCCAAUUUAUCUCAUUCGUGUUCGCCAUGAUUGGCGUCAAGCUCCUUCGCUUCCCACAAUGGAUCGUACCCUGUAUGAUCUUCAACAACGUCACAUCGCUGCCGCUGCUCCUGCUCAGCUCUUUGGGCGAUAACGGGACGCUCGACCCCCUGGUGGGCAAGGGCGAAUUACUGAGCAAGGUAUUGGAUAGGGGGAAGGUGUACUUGCUCAUCCACGCCCUGGUCUGCAAUCUGACUCGGUUCACAUUCGGCCCUUACCUGUUGCAGGAGAGCAUGCCGGAAUCAGAGGACGAGCCCCAGGAAUCCAAAUACCACUCGCGCUCCUGGGCAUGGACACACGCUGAAUCACCGCACAACGCGCUCAAAUCCCACAUGCACCGGCACAUCAGUACGACGCUCCCCGCUCAGGCCUUGUCCACCCCGUACCCCCUGAUCCAGCCGUACGAUCCGCAAGCGGAGACGUCCCCUCUCCUCAAUCGAACCAAAGUCGAAGCGAAGCGAGCGAGGAACAUUCUCAUGGUGGUCGGAGAGCGCGUGUGGGACUUUUUCAACCCGCCGAUGAUCGGAGGAUUGGCGGCUGUGGUGGGUGGGGUGAUUCCUUUCUUGCACAAAUGGUUAUUCGGGAAAGAUGCGUUGACGGAGAGCGUGUCCAAGUUGGGAGAUCUGUACACCGUACUGCAGAUGUUUGUUCUGGGCGCUCACCUUCAGUCCAAGAAGGGCUCUCGGCCUCCUACCUUCCCGUUGAUCUACCUCUUCUCCUUCCGCUUCCUCUUGAUGCCGGUCAUCUCCUGCUCUACCGUCUACUUUGCCAGAAAGUGGUUUGGCGCUUACAUCUUGAACGAUCCGAUCUUGGACUUUACGAUGACGCUCGUCGCUGUAGGACCCACUGCCAUCAGUCUCGCUGCCAUCGUCGAGAUGGCCGAUACAGAUGAAGGGACGGACAGUUCCGUCGCCAAGACGAUCGUGCUCAGUCACGCCUUGCUACCUCUGAUCAGCGGGACGGUGACAGCUGCCCUGGAGGUGGUGAAGCGUCUGCAUGAGUAA